GUCUGCUAGCGACUUGUUGGACAGGUUCAGAGACGUAGCGGCUUGUGAUCAUAUAACUCGUGUGUUACUGUGUUUAAGUUAUAAAUACUAUUUAAGCAACUAUUUUUAUUUAUAUGAUAUUUGUUGUGUUUUUGAUGUUGAAUAAUGAUUUAUUUAAAUUGAAAUAAUUGUUAAUGUCUGUAGAGUAUAUUUCUUGUUAAUUGAUUUAAAUUUGGUGUAUCGACCAUAUUGGCCAACGUGUUCGAAAUUUGUUCGAGUUUUGUUACAUUUGAAAUUUAAUUUUAUCAAUCAUGACAACUCAGCAGCCACCUGUAAUAGUUACUGGGUAUGGUAUUGUUAAACAGGUGAAUUCUGGCGAUACAAUUGUAAUUAGAGGUCAGCCUAAAGGUGGUCCACCAGAUGAAAUAACUAUAAUCUUAACUGGAAUCACUGCACCGAAACUAGCUCGCCGUCCAAAUAAUAAUGGUGAAGGGGCUACUAAAGAUGAGCCAUUUGCAUUUGAAGCUAGAGAAUUUCUGCGAAAAAAAUUGAUUGGCAAAAGAGUUUGUUUUACUUAUGAAAAACAAAACAAGGGGCAAACAACAACUACGGAAAAGAAGGCUACACGUGAAUACGGCAUUGUUUAUAAUGGGACAGAUACAUCUGCUGAGAAUGUUGCAGAGUCAUUGGUUUCAGAAGGAUUUGUUUCUCCCCGACAUGGUGUUAGAAAUAAUGAGUAUAUCCAAAAGUUAAUUGAGUUGGAAGAUGUAGCAAAAGCAGCGGGUAAAGGUAAACAUGGACCUAAUGCUCAAGAUCACGUUAGAGAUAUUAGAUGGAACAUAGAAAAUCCUCAGCAUUUCAAGGACUCUCUGCAUUUAAAGCCUGUAAAAGCUAUUGUAGAACAUGUUGUAGAUGGUAGCACCCUGCGUGUGCUUUUGUAUUCUGAUGAUUUUCCAGAAUAUUAUUAUAUUAAACUUAUGCUUUCUGGAAUCAGGUGCAAUGGAUUUACUGGUGAGGACCAAACUCCUGAGCCUUUUGCAGAAGAGGCAAAAUUCUUUACUGAGUGUCGUUUGCUACAAAGGGAUGUUGAAGUUUUACUGGAAAGUGUGUCCAACAAAAAUUUCCUUGGAACAGUACUUCAUCCUAAUGGUAACAUAACAGAAUUGCUGUUAUCUGAGGGAUUGGCAAAAUGUGUUGAUUGGAGCCUUCAGUGUGUGACCACAGGUCUUGAAAAACUUAGAGCUGCUGAAAGAUCUGCCAAAGAAAAGCGUGUUCGUAUAUGGAAAGAUUAUACACCUAGUGGACCUGUUAUUGAAGCUAAGGAAAAGGAAUUUCAAGGAAAAGUUGUCGAAGUUAUUAAUGCAGAUGCAAUGGUUGUUAAGCUUGCUGAUGGAUCAACCAAAAAAAUAUUUCUCGCGAGCAUUAGGCCUCCAAGGAUGCCUGAAAAUGCUCCAGAUUCUGGAAAGCCUCGAACUCGUGUACUGUAUGAAAUACCAUACAUGUUUGAAGCUAGAGAAUUUCUCAGGAAGAAAUUGAUUGGAAAGAAGGUUAAUGUUACAGUAGACUAUAAGCAGCCAGCAAAUUUAACAUUCCCUGAAAAGAUUUGUUGCACUGUUACAAUUGGUGGAAUUAAUGUUGCAGAAGCUUUGGUUAGUAAAGGAUUAGCUACUGUAGUUAGAUAUCGAGCAGAUGAUGAUCAGAGAUCAGCACAUUAUGAUGAGCUUUUGUCUGCUGAAACAAAAGCAAUAAAAUCGGGAAAAGGCAUGCAUAGUAAAAAGGAAGCUCCACCUCUUCGAAUCGUUGAUUUAUCUGGGGAUUUAAAACUCUCAAAGCAGUAUUUUCCAAUUAUACAAAGAGGUGGAAAGAUGGAAGCAGUGGUAGAAUUUGUUGCUAGUGGAUCUCGCUUACGUGUAUUUCUUCCAAGGCAAAAUUAUCUCUUGACAUUUCUUCUUGGAGGUAUAACAUGCGCAAGAGCUGCCCGUGACACACCAAAUGGAACAAUACCAGGAGAACCACAUGGAGAUGAAGCAUUGGCCUACACAAAGGAUUUGUGUUUGCAAAGAGAAGUUCAAAUAGAAGUAGAAAAUAUGGACAAAGCAGGAAAUUUUAUUGGAUGGUUAUGGGUUGAUAACAUAAAUUUGUCUGAAGCUUUAAUUCGUGAAGGAUAUGCUGAAAUUCAUUCGACUGCUGCAAGAAGUCAAUAUUAUAGAGCACUACAAGCAGCUCAAGAUGAAGCGCAAAAGAAAAAACUGAGGAUGUGGGAAAAUUAUGAACCUGUUGAAGUGGAGCCCAAGGAGGAAACUAAGGAUCGUGUUGUCAAUUAUAAGAAAGUUACCAUUACUGAAAACAAAGAAGAUCCCACUGAUUUAAUAUUUUAUGCCCAGCAUUAUGAUGAGGGCCCUAAAUUAGAAGAAUUAAUGACAGAUCUGCGCCAGGAGUUAAGUUCUAACCCUCCAUUGGUUGGAUCUUACACACCAAAAAAGGGAGAUCUUUGCGCUGCCAAAUAUUCUGCUGAUGAUGAAUGGUAUAGGGCAAAGAUCAUUAAAAUGCAAGGCAAUCAAAUACAAAUAUUGUUCAUUGACUACGGAAAUAGAGAAUUUACAACUUCAACACAGCUUGCAAGUCUGCCUGCCAAAUAUCAUACACUUCAACCCUGUGCUCAUGAAUAUGCUUUAGCAUUUAUAAAACUUCCUAAGGAUGGAGAUAGUGCUGCUGAUGCUCGUGUAGCAUUUUAUGAAGAAACUUGCAAUAAUGCCGGCUUAUUACUAAAUGUGGAGUACAAAAGUGGCUCGUUACCUUAUGUGACACUUGUAACGCCUGAAGAAAAAGAGGACAUAGGAAAGAAACUUGUAGAGAAAGGUUUUGUUCUUGCUGAAAAGAGAUUAGAAAAGAAAUAUCAGAAACUAAUCAGUGAUUAUCUUGCUGCUCAGGAAGUAGCGAAGAAGAAUCGGGCUAAUCUUUGGGUGUAUGGCGAUAUUACAGAAGACGAUGCCAAAGAAUUUGGAUAAACAUUUUAUCUUCAUUACGACUGUCCAAGAAAAGAAAAGAAAAUUAAAAAUGUGGUCCAGAACAUAUUUACUGUGAUGGCUGUGCCUAAAAAUAUUUCAGAAUUAUUUAAUUACAAAGAUAACGAAUUUUUACCAUGAAAUCUUGAAUCAAAUCUUAUAAUUCCAACUGUACAAAAUGAAGGAUCUAAUUUCAGUGUGAAUUACUUCCAUCUGAGUGUUAAUUUUCUUUUAAUUAGUAAUUUUAUAUUAAUAUUGUAAGAUUUAAGUUUUAUAAUAAAAUGUUGAAAAUAUAAAUUUUUUUAUUCUAGUUUGUUUGUUUGGAUAUGUUCGGUUAAAUAUGGAUUGUUAAUUUGUAAUAGAAUGUAUUUAGAGUAAGUGGUUCCUACUUACUGUAAUGUUUAAGUAAUGCACAUGCAGUAAUUAAUAUUGUAAGUGCAGUGCAAAUUUUUAUAGCUUAUUUUAGAUAUCGUGUACAUUUGAAAUGAAUUAUCAAGCCAGUUUGUCUUCAAAAUGUUGUUCUUAUGUUUUGCUAUGAGUAAAGGUUACCAUAUUUUUAUA